ACCGUCGGGUCCGGUUCAUUAUGUCUCCGAUCACGCGAUGACCGACCGCGCACCAACGGCCGCGUAAUAAACAACAAUUUCUCUCUCGCGAGAUCGUCGUGGCGAGUGCGAGCGCGCGUUUUUAUCGUCGUUCGAACCCUUCGCGUAAUAAUAUCCGGAUGAUAUUCAGUUGGUUGUCAUUAUUUUUUUUAUAAAUUUUCAAAGAAAUUUCCAUCCGAAACCUGAAAAGUUCGGGACUCAACCCUACAGCCCGCCACCGAUCCUGCGCCCGUAAACGCUGCAGAGUUGUCCAUACACACGCGUGGCCUCGUUGCAAAAGGAUACACCAUGGAUUUUCGAUUGGCACAGAAGUGUUUUGUGUGUCUAUUGCUGAUAGCCGCCACGAACGCCGUGAUCAAUUCUGGUGCAAAUGAUGAGAAGUCACCGACAAGAAGAGAUGCAAGUCUUGGCGUACCAUCAGAUUCUUACGGUGCGCCACCUCCUUCGUUUGGCGCGAUUCAGAUUAACUACGGACCACCACAGGCUUAUAUUACAUCUGAUUUAAAGGCACCCAAUGUUAAUUAUGGACUUCCAUCGAACUCUUAUGGUCCACCAAAACCAAUAUACGGGCUUCCAAAACCCAGUUAUAAACCUCUAAAGCCGGAUUAUGGGCCACCUCCACAAGAUUCAUACGGGUUGCCACCAAAACCAGAAUAUGGCGCUCCUCAGAUACCGAACUCCGUGUACGGUCCGCCAUCUGGACCUCCAAGUCCUUCUUAUGGUGUUCCAUCAGUGUCUUAUGCAAAAGGGCCUCCGGGUGUACCAUCCCCGCCAACCCCGCCUCAUAUCUCUUACCAUGGCUGGCAACCAAUUCCGGGUGUAUCAAUCCCAUAUGUUCAAAAAAAUAAUGGUUAUGAACAGUCAUCUUUAGGAACUGCAUAUGGACCACCACUGUCUCAAGCAGGAGGAUGUUGCAAUAAUAAUAUCAACUCCAUAGACACUUCUUAUGGAGGUUCACCACCACCAGUAUUACCAUCGUACAGUCAAAAUUCUCCAAAUUCGGACUACGGUCCACCGAAAGGUGGAAAUUCUUAUCAUGGAAACUCUAAUGCUCAGUCGUUAGCCAAUUUAUAUAAGCCCCCUCCAAUUAUACCAGAUACAAGUUAUGGGCCUCCAACUCCUUCUAAGCAACCUUCUGACCUAUAUGGACCUCCAUCCAGUGGAAAUUAUGGCCAACCACCUAAAGAAUCACAUGGACCACCACCAAGUGGAUCUUACGGACCCCCUCCAAAAGAUUCGUAUGGACCACCUCUGAAAGAUUCUUAUGGUCCACCUCCAAAAGAUUCUUAUGGUCCACCUCCCAAAGAUUCUUAUGGACCACCACCAAGUGGAUCAUAUGGACCACCUCCAAAAGAUUCUUAUGGACCGCCUCCAAAAGAUUCUUAUGGUCCACCUCCUAGUGGUUCUUAUGGUCCACCUCCUAGUGGUUCAUAUGGCCCACCACCUAAAGAAUCACAUGGGACACCACCAAGUGGAUCAUACGGACCCCCUCCAAAAGAUUCGUAUGGACCACCUCCAAAAGAUUCUUAUGGACCCCCUCCAAAAGAUACUUAUGGUCCACCUCCUAGUGGUUCAUAUGGCCCACCACCUAAAGAUUCUUAUGGACCACCUCCAAAAGAUACUUAUGGUCCACCUCCUAGUGGUUCAUAUGGCUCACCACCUAAAGAAUCACAUGGACCUCCACCAAGUGGAUCAUACGGGCCACCUCCAACUGGAUCAUAUGGACCACCACCUAGUGGUUCAUAUGGCCCACCACCUAGUGGUUCGUAUGGCCCACCACCUAAAGAAUCCCAUGGACCACCACCAAGUGGAUCAUACGGGCCACCUCCAACUGGAUCAUAUGGACCACCUCCCAAAGAUUCAUAUGGACCUCCACCAAGUGGAUCAUACGGACCACCUCCAAAAAGUUCAUACGGACCACCUUCAAGUGGAUCUAAUGGAUCACCACAUAAACCUUCAUACCGACCACCUACAAAAGAAUCACAUGGACCACCCCCAAGUGGAUCAUAUGGGCCACCUCCAACUGGAUCAUAUGGACCACCUCCCAAAGAUUCAUAUGGACCUCCACCAAGUGGAUCCUAUGGACCACCUCCAAAAAGUUCAUACGGACCACCACCAAGUAGUUCUUAUGGUGCUCCUUCUAAAGAAUCACAUAGACCUCCACCAAGUGGAUCUUUUGGCCCACCGAAAGAAUCUUAUGGAUUACCAUCAAUUGGAUCAUUUGGGCCACCCAAAGAAUCAUAUGGACCCCCAUCAAUUGGAUCAUUUGUGCCACCGAAGGAGUCUUAUGGCUCACCAUCUAAACCCGCAUAUCCUCCACCACCACCAAAAGAUUCAUACGGAGUGCCACCAAGUGAAUCAUAUGGCGUCCCAUCUAAAGAUUCUUAUGGACUUCCUCCCAUUAAGGAAACAUAUGGAAUUCCUUCUCUAGGUUUUAUUGAUAAUUCAUUGCAAGUACAGUAUGCCUCACCGUCAGGCUCCUCAUACAAUGGUCUUCCUCCAGAGGGUACUUUCGGUACACCCAUAGCUAUCUGUUGUGGUACACCACCACCAGAUUUAGUGUCACAAAAGCCUUCAGACAUUCAGUAUGGGUUAACCUAUGGACAAGCCUCUGGAAGACAAAUACCUGGGCCAAAUCUUCAGCCAAAAAAUCCAGUGAAAAAUAGGGCACCAGUUCCACCGGGCCUUGUAGAAUCAACACAGUAUAAUAGUUUCCAAGGUGAACCAUACAUACCUCCUCCAGUAUCAGAAGUAUCAACAGCUGGAAAUGAUGCAUAUGCUGCUCCAUCAAGUUCUACGGGUUACAGUAGUUCUAAUAGUAGUCCAAAUUUAGAGCAAAGUCCAAUAAUUUCUCAAGAUCAACAACAGUAUAAUAUCCCAGUUACACAAGAUACACAAAACAAUGUAGUACACAACCAAGGAUUAUCUACAUCGUACGCUCUACCGGCUCCUGAAUCUUACCAGCAUAUAACACAAACAGUUUCAGUAAAAGAAUCCAACAGUUUUGUUCAACCAAAUCAACUCUCCUUAUCGAAUGUUGAUAACUAUGGAACUCCACAGCAAUCAUUCGACUUAAAUCAACAAAUUGAAGAAAGCAAAAAUAAUCCACAACUGAGAGGCGCAGAGAAUAAUUCACAGCAACCAGAAAAUAAUAAUUAUCAACAGCAACCAGAAAACAAUAAUUAUCAACAGCAACGUUUAGAAGGAUCCUCCGUUGUUGGUUCAAAAUCCGUAGACAUAAAUGGCUUACAAGAGUACCCUGUUCAAGGGUCUACUGGCAACUACAUGCUCCAAAUCCAACCAGGCCAAAGAGGUGGUGAAAAUGUCGCUCAUGAUCAAGUACUUUCUAAUGGGUUACUUCAAGAUAUUUUGUCAGCCAUAGAGAAUCAACAGAAAUCAGAUAAUUCAUACGAUAACCAACCACAAGGAUCAGAAGUGCGACAGGUCGCAACGGCAGCGGCCAACACAAGUACUGAAUGGCCAGAAAAUUCCGCAAGUAAAAAACCAGAAAUGGCUCUGUUCUACAGUACUAGAGACGGAAAAGGACAGUCUGCUCAAGGCACGGAAACUUUACUCAAUGACAUUAAUCAUUUGAGCGUGAAUGAGGUGUCGAAUGGAAACUUCGUUUCAUACAAGUCGCCAAAAGUGAAUUAUGUGUACAGUGAAUCAACACCUCAAGCUGUAUCACAGGCAUAUCCACAACAAUCGACUCCUAAGACUGAUGAAAGCUCAACCAACUCGUUGUCGAGUACAGGAAAAUAA